AUGUUGCAGCAACACGCAACAUGUUUACAGCCACAUUUAUUAAACUCAACAACAACUUUAAAAGCCUCAAACUCAGUCUCCUUAGCAGCAGAAACCACAACAACAGCCAAACAUUUAAUAUGUUUAAAACAGCAACAUGAAACUUCUCCUCAAAACCACACAUUCUCUAAACAAGGGAUAACAGUAAACCUUGACUUAAAAGGGGCUGACUCUCUGCAGCAACAACAACCCAACAGCAACAAUGUUGCCCUGCAUAGCCUGCCCCAACAAAACAACAUUAAGAGCAAUAAUAACUGUAAAAAUGUUGAUAGCAAAACAUUAGCAACAUCCUGGGCCUUGAAGGUAAAACAACAAGGGCAAAAUGCACAACAACCACAUAAACCAGGCUUAGCUAAGGGCAUAAUGUCACAAAAGCCUAGUUUCAUUUGUCUAAAAUUACAAAAACUAAAGGCACAAAUUUUACCCCAGCCACCAGCAACUUCUCUGUUAAACCCGGCUCCACCAACAAACAUCAGCAAAAUGAUGUUGCCGCAACAUACCGAAACUAUAAAUCAAGAAUCUUUAGAUUUUAAUAGCAAACGUAGAAGAGGACGUCUAAGGUUGCUACAGUCUGAAAAAACAGAGCCUGAACAGCUGCAGCAGGCUAAACAAGAGAAGUACGAGGCUUUUAAUAAUGUGCCAGCAGCAUUGUAUCUAAACAAUGUUGCUAAAGUAACAACAACGUUAUUGUUAACACAAAUGUUAUCGUUUAUGCAACAAAUAAACAACACUUUUGUAAAUAAACCACAACAACAAAUUAAAAAACAACAACCAGAAAAUUUAGUAUUAUCUUUAAUAAACAAAAUAAUUAUAAAAUUAAACAUAAAUAAUAAUAAAAAACAACGUAAAAAUCUACAAUAUCCCCUAACGUCAUCAUCAUCAACAUCCUCAACAUCAACAUCAUCAUCAUCCUCCUCAACAUUCCUCCUUUAUGCCUUUCUCUUCUUAACAACGCUCCUAAUACUUCCAUGUCAUCACCCACAAGCCCUGGCUGAGGCCGCCAAACCCAAAUCGGCCACCCAGCACAACAACAAUCAUCUGCAGCACCAACAUCAACAGCAGCAGGAUAAACCGAAUAUCGCUUAUGCUGCCGGUGCGGAUAAUGUCCAUAUUGAUAAGGAGGGCACUGUAUUGACACCGCCCUCAUAUCAAGUUGUAUCAUCGCAAACAUCGAAUGAAGAGGAAGCCGAAUAUAUCAUAGAUUCGGAUGAGAGAAAUUUCGAUUUGGAGAACGAGAGCUUAAAUGAGGUGAAUGAGGAGGAGCAGGAGGAGGAACGUGAUUCUUAUGAAAAAUUUGAUAAUGAUACCAGUUAUGAAAAUAAUACCGUCAUUAAAACGCCGCUCUUCCCGACAGAUCUCUUUACCAAAGAGCAACUCGAAAAUGGUGCUGUUAUAUGCCACAUAAUCGGUGUGAUAUACAUGUUCGUAGCCUUGGCCAUCGUUUGCGAUGAAUUCUUUGUGCCUUCCUUGGAUGUGAUCAUCGAAAAACUGGGCAUUACGGAUGAUGUUGCGGGCGCCACAUUCAUGGCAGCCGGCGGCAGUGCGCCCGAAUUGUUUACCAGCGUCAUUGGCGUCUUUGUGUCAUUCGACGAUGUGGGCAUCGGUACAAUUGUCGGUUCGGCCGUCUUCAAUAUACUGUUCGUGAUCGGUAUGUGUGCGUUGUUCUCGAAAACGGUGCUAACGCUGACGUGGUGGCCGCUAUUUCGUGAUUGCACAUUCUACAGUAUUAGUUUAAUGGUGUUGAUAUACUUCUUUCGCGAUAAUCGCAUCUUCUGGUGGGAGGCGCUCAUUCUGUUCAGCAUUUACUGUGCCUAUGUGACCUUUAUGAAAUGGAACGUGGAGGUGGAGUCGUGCGUCAAGAAAGUGAUAACGAAAAAUAAGGUGACUCGCGUCCGAAGUACAGAUCAGCUUAUGCCAGCAGGCAAUGCUGCCAAUUCUUCGGAAACCUCAAUGGCCACACAGCCUGGUGGUUCGGUAACAUCGAGAGCGGCCUCGGAGUCAAGAUCAGGACCACCUGGAUCCAGUAGUGGUGCUGGCACUACAGGUAAUAGCAGUGGUGGAAAUGCGAGUAGUACACAGACUGGUGCAAAAUUUCGUCAUGGCCUAUUGCAGCUUAUGAUUCACACAAUAGAUCCGCUACAUGAUGGCAAGGUGGACGAAAAGGCAACACAAUUACAUGCCAUCGCCUCGCUGAAGGUUCUGCUGGAUGCCACAAAACCCCAACGGGGUGGUGCUACCACCUCGGCUGCCAAUCAUGUGAAGAUUAAUUUGAAAGAGACCACAUUAGCGGAUCGUCCAAAUGGCAAUAUUGAUACAACUCUAGAUUCGCCAUCGUUAAGUGGUCGUCGUGCCAGCUGGAUAGAUCAAAGGGUCAAAAUUCAAACGCGAAAAUUUAGCAUCAAAACUCAAGAAAUCGUAGAUGAACCAGAGCCCUUGAGCAUGGCCUGGCCCGAUACUGCCCGUAAACGUUUAACUUAUAUUUUGGUGGCUCCACUCUUAAUACCCAUGUGGUUGACUUUGCCGGAUACUCGAACCCCCAAAGGUAAAAAACUAUUCCCGGUUACGUUUAUUGGCUCCAUUGUUUGGAUAGCAGCCUUUUCAUAUCUGAUGGUAUGGUGGGCCAAUGUGGCCGGUGAUACCGCUCGUAUACCACCCGAGGUUAUGGGUUUAACCUUUUUGGCGGCUGGUACUUCUAUACCAGAUCUGAUAACUUCGGUUAUUGUGGCGCGUAAAGGUUUUGGUGAUAUGGCUGUUUCCAGUUCUGUGGGUAGUAAUAUCUUUGAUGUUACCGUGGGUCUACCCAUACCCUGGCUGUUAUUUGGCCUCAUCAAUGGCGCUCCCGUGGAAGUGAACUCCGUGGGCAUGGUCUGCUCCAUAACGAUAUUGUUUAUGAUGUUAAUAUUCGUCGUUAUGUCAAUUGCCUGCUUCCGUUGGCGCAUGAAUAAGGGUUUAGGUUUUACCAUGUUUUUGUUAUAUUUCGUUUUUGUUGCCGUUUCGUUAAUGUUUGAAUAUGAUGUAAUAACAUGUCCAGUGUAAAAUGUUAUAGACAAAGUAAAACCAACCCAAAAAACCACAACAAAAUUAUAUAUAUUAA